AUGUCUCUCCCGCGGUACACUUACACCGGUCCUACGGACCAUACCAUCAUCCCUGACCGCAGCAAAGUCAAGGGGAAGUCAGUCAUCAUUACCGGCGGCGCCAAUGGCAUGGGAGAAACUUGUGUUCGAGCAUUUGUUGCAGCUGGCGCAUUUGUGACGUUCGGUGACGUUAACACAAGAGGGAAAGACAUUGAGAAAGAGCUCAACAGCGAUGGCGAUCAUUGCGCAUUUGUUGAGUGUGACAUCAGAGACUGGGAGCAGCAAAAGGCCAUGUUCGAAACUGCAAAAAGUCGAAGCCCCGAAAAGAGCGUAGACAUAGUCAUCGCAAACGCAGGCAUCAGUCGAAGCUCUGGUGACAGUCUGUGGAAUCUAGAUGAUCCGAACGGAGAGCCGACAAAGCCAGACCUCAAUAUCGUUAACGUCAACUUGACCGGUUCGCUUUACACGUGGAAACUCGCGGUCCACUAUUUCAGAAAACAACCGCUUACUGAGGACCGAGAAAGAUGCUUCAUCAUCACCGGAAGCAUGGUUGGCUGGAUCGACUCACCCGGAAACUGGGAGUACACCUCGACGAAGUACGGACUUCACGGCUUUAUGAGAACAGCAAGACGAUCCAGCUGGGAGCAAGGUAUUAGAAUCGUCUAUGUUGCUCCUUGCUGGAUCAGAAGUGCCAUCCGUACUGCUGAGUACGAGAAGUGGUUGGUGGAUCACGGCGUCGAAUUUGGCGAGCAGGAGGAUGUUGCAAACUGCAUGAUGCGAGUCGCUUGCGAUAAGUCGAUCAAUGGCCGGUCUCUGAUGAUCACACCCCGUUCAGUCGCUAAGGAGGGUUUCAUGGAUAUCGACAGGGAUGAUUACAAGGACACGCCCGAAGACAAGUACCUGAAAAAGGUACAGGAGUCUCAACUGGUUAUAAUCGAGGAUGAAUGGAGAGAUGGCUAUAAGGUAAGAGUCUACAAAGAUUAA